AUGGGCUGGUGGGAGAGCAUUUGGCCGGCCUCGGGCUCGGGCGACGACCCGCUGCGCAAGCUCGACCCGAAGCUGCGCGAGUUCCUCGAGCGGGAGUCGCCGGUGAAGUACAGCACGGCGCAGCCGGAGCCGCUACAGGGGCGGGAGGCAGUGGAUGCGCGGGCGCGGCGGGCGGCGGAGGAGGCGGAGGAGGCGCGGCGACGCCAGGCGGCCGAGGACGACGCGGCCUCGCCGGUGCCCAAGGAGAGCCAAUUCCCGGACGGGCGGUACGCGCACCUGUGGAAGACGUACCGGCCGCUGGCCGAGAUCGAGGCUGAGACCAAGAGCGAGCACGAGAAGCUGAUGGACGUGCUUGAGGGCUUCAAGGAGCGCAAGAGCCAGAUCGGCAAGGCCGCCCUCGAGAACUGCGCCCUCGAGCAGGUCGACUGGCGCCAGUGCAUGAUGAACCCGAGCGCCGCCGAGCGCCUCACCCUGUGCCGCGACCAGGUGAAGAAGUUCGAGCGUUGCUACACAAUGCAGACGAGACUGCUUAAGGCCUUAGGCUACCUCUCGACGUACGACCGCUCGGCCGAGGAGGAGGAGGAGAUCCAGAUGCACGCCGACACUCUGUACCACCGGAUGCUCGCGCAGGAGGCCGAGAUCACGGCGGCCAAGCAGGCGGGGCUGCCGGCGCCGGCGUUCCCGCCGCUCAUACCGCGCGCGCCCGCGGACCCGGGGCACUCGAUCGCGGCGCGGCAACGGGAUCCGCUCCCGGCGCGCGAGCAGCCGCCGCACCAGAGGCCGCGGGACGGCCGCGUGGAGGACGAGGAGCUGACGCCCGAACAGCUCGCGGCCCUCAAGACGCGGCUUAGCAAGGUCGCCGAGGAAGACCGCGCCGCCGAGGAGGAGGCUAUCCGCGGCGAGUGGCGCGCCAAGGCUGAGGUCGCCUCCAAGGUCGAGGACCUGUGGAGCCAGCAGGCGAGGGAACGGGAGGCGCGGAGACUUAGAGGCGAGGAGACGUUGUGGGACAAGCUCUCAGGCGCGUUCCGCGGCAGCGGGGACGGCAGCGGCGAUGGGAAGAGGUAGCGUGCGCUGCUUGGACUUGCUACGAGAAGCGUAUAGGGGAAAGGGGAAGAGGUAUGGGCAGGAUUGCCGGUGUUGGAGAUGGCGUUGCGACACUCAGCUUCGACGUACCUAAUGCCCGGCUGAGGCUGGCGCGAAGUUCUGGGCCUGUAGAGGGUUCGCAGAAGGCACCACUUUUGGUAUUUGACGCCGUGAGGGGAUUCGGCUAAUACGUCCAUCUACUGGGUUACGGACACCAUGGGCGCAGCUGUAUUAUAUGUAAUGCAUAGAGACCACUCCCGUCGAUAGGUAGGUAUGGCGUAGGUGCAUGAAGUCUGUCAGAAAGAGGCAGACUUAAACU